AUGGAGUAUGAGCCGCUCAUCUCCGCGCUAGACGUCCGGACCGAGCCCACCACGGUCGACCUCCUCUUCUCCCUGGUGGACAACUUCGAUCAGCGAGUCGAGUUGUACCACGGCAAUGGCAUCGGUGGCUUCAAGUCCUCGGCAAACGCCGCUUCUCGAGGCAACGGUGGUUCCCGCGGUGGAAAUGGCGGCAGGGGUGGCCAAACUGGCGGCGGCGGCUACCAAGGAGGUGGUGGUGGUGCCUUCUACCACAACAGCGGCGGCGGCUACCACAACAGCAGCGGCGGCUAUCACCAAAAACAUGGUGGGGGCAGCUAUCAAGGUGGUGGUGGUGACGGCUAUCAGGGUGGUGGCAGCGGCUAUCACCCUAGCAAUCCCGGCGGCAACAGCAACAACAGGCACCCCCCCUACAACAACAGGGGGCGCAACUUCCAAGGUUAUGAGGGCUAUGAAGGAAAGUGUCAAAUAUGUAAGAAAACAAAUCGCAUUGCCAAGGACUGUGAUUGGCACUAUGCUGAUGACAAUUCCCAGAAAAAGAAAGUUGUAGCUGCGGCAGAUGGGUCAUAUGGUGUCGACACCAACUAG